CUUUUACAGGAUCCCAAAAUUACCCUUUCAACAACUAGCAAAGGCACGCUCCUUUUGAAUCCAUCGCCUGAAUGUUCGCCUUCUUACUUGCGCAUGUAAUAACAGCAUGCUGGAACACAGCCAACACUUGCAGACACCAGACCCGGUACCAGUGCUCGCGAUGGAGGGCUUGUGGAUCGAGCGAUUCGAAUCACUGAUUGCAGGGUUUCUCAUAGCGUCUGCUGUCACUACGUCCUACGCCAUUACUGGCUGCUCCACCGCUCUGGUUUCAUGAUUAUGUCAUCCCGAUCCGCGGCGAGCCCCUACUUCUGGAACAAAUCUACUACACUUUGCCCUUGCUGUCGCAAUAUCCUCGACUCUUAAUGAUUUGGGGUCCCCCGUGAAUUCUGUGCCUUCACUGCGCGAGGGCUUGAUAAUAUCCAACGGUUUUCUAGAAGCGUGCCAAACGCCCCUUAUUUUUUUUAAUCCUAUUUACUUAUGCACAAGAUCACCAUACACAUGUCUCUCUGGGCAAGACUUUUCUUCAUCAGCAUCGCAAUUGCAUCUGCUCAGACCGCGGCCCCUGGACAGAAUGACUACAGGUUCCCAAAUUCGCAGGUCCUCGCAACACAACAAAAAGUUGCAAACUAUAACCAUCCGUUGCGCGAGAUGGUGGGUGGUGGCGAGCAGAAAGAUAUCAAAUACGCCUUUCUCGACUCCAAGAUGCUGCAAGUGGGCUGUCCAUCUGAGCAGGCUACAAUUGGUCUGCCACUCCUCCCGCUGCGGAACUGGAACGAAGCCCACACUCACCUAGACAGACACAGCGGGACACACAGCAUCAGAAAUACGACCAAAACAAGUCAUCUGGAGAUGAUGGAUAUUUGGAACCAUCGAAAGAUCGACCAUCUUGAGUUUGUCAAGGUUGAGGUGCUUCAGCACGAUCGUAUGCAAGUCGUUACACACCCCGACUUCGACGCACCCGUACUGAUCAAGACUGCGAGUUUCCCAUGGGAAAUCUUGUCUCUGGAGCGGGAGGCCACGGUGUACGGUCUCCUUCAUGGCUCGGGGGCCACGCCAGAAUUUCAUGGCCACGUCACCGAGGGCGGUCGAGUUAUUGGAUUCAUCACCGAGUAUAUAGCAGAGGUGCCGUCGAUAAGGGGCAGAAACAUGCAAGGUUGUCUGGCCGCUCUUCGCACUCUUCAUCGGAGAGGGAUCGCUCAUGGGGAUGCUCAUGAUGGGAAUUGUCUAAUACGCAAAGAUGGGUCAGCCGUUCUUAUUGAUUUUGAGUUGUCCGUGGAGACAUGGUCGCUGGAAGAAUUUGAGAGAGACUUGGAUAUAAUAGGUCGCUGUAUUCAAGAGUUAUCUGAGCAUCCUUAUUAAUAGCGCUCGCAGACCACCUAUGAGAAAAUACACAGACUUACCGAA